UUAAAGUUGUUAUAUACCACCGCACCUUCGAAUCGCGUCACUCACUUCGCGCCGUUCACCAACCGAAGGAGAUAUCCGAAAGUGUACAAGAUUCUUUGGACGAGGGGUUCCAAAUCCAGACUUCGAAGGCGAAACUGAUCAUAUCAGAAGGAGAUGAAGACCCUCCUGCUGCUUUCCAUCCUGACGGCUUACGUAGCCUCUGGAUAUGCCAUUACCUGUACAAAAUGCUUCGAGGUAACUUCUCUAGACCCAACCUUCCAACUGCCCGCGGACCCCAGUCUAAUACCUUGUUCGCACCCUGGUGAGAUGGUGUGUGAUGGAAACGUCACUAGCUGUAUGACCACGACAAUAAUAACGCACUUUACUCGUGACGCUGGUCCACUUACGGUGAUGCAGGAGGCUCGCGAAUGCGGACCUCCUUUCGCUGGUUUCCUUCCAUCUGGAGACACCUGCGCGGAUGAAGCCACCACCGCAGCCAUCACAAGUCAAAUUGACCCGACUACGAUGGUUCCACCUGGACUUGGGCUGACGUUUGAGGACUUUGAGGCCAGUAUCUGCAGUUGUGACAGCUCCGACAGAUGUACCCCGCCCUCUGCGGCAACCAUUGGUAACCCACAACCACAAGGAUCUGGUAUUACCUGUACGAUAUGCUCCGAGCUAAUUUCUCGAGACCCAACCUUCCCAAUACCCGUGGACCCGAGUCAAAUACCUUGUUCGAACCCUGGUGAGAUGGUGUGUGAUGAAGGCGUCACUAGCUGUAUGACGACGACGAUGACGAUGCACUUUAGUCGUGACGCUGGUCCACUUACGGUGAUGCAGCAGGCUCGCGAAUGCGGAUUUCCUUUCGCUGGUUUCCUUCCAUCUGGAGACACCUGCGCGGACGAAGCCACUACCGCAGCCAUCACAAGUCAAAUUGACCCGACUACGUUGUUUCCACCUGGACUUGGGCUGACGUUCGAGGACUUUGAGGCCAGUAUCUGCGUCUGUGACAGCUCCGACAGAUGUACCCCGCCCUCUGCGGCAACCAUUGGUAACCCACAACCACAAGGAUCUGCUAUUACCUGUACGAUAUGCUCCGAGCUAAUUUCUCGAGACCCAACCUUCCCAUUGCCCGUGGACCCGAGUCAAAUACCUUGUUCGAACCCUGGUGAGAUGGUAUGUGAUGAAGGCGUCACUAGUUGUAUGACGACGACGAUGAUGAUGCACUUUAGUCGUGACGCUGGUCCACUUACGGUGAUGCAGAUGGCUCGCGAAUGCGCACCUCCUUUCGCUGGUUUCCUUCCAUCCGGAGACACCUGCGCGGGAGAAGCCAUCACCGCAGCCUUCACAAGUCAAAUUGACCCGAAUACGUUGGUUCCACCUGGAUUAGGGCUAUCGUUCGAGGACCUUGAGACCAGUAUCUGCGUCUGUGACAGCUCCGACAGAUGUACCCCGCCCUCUGCGACAACUAAUGGUUACCCACAACCUGAAGCAACAACUAGUGCUGUUGGAGAAGGUCUACCAACACAAGCUCCGCCAUCUGUUGAAGUUCGCCUAUUCGGAAGCGAUGGUACCGAGGGAACCGUUGAGGUUCUUUACAACGGAGAAUGGGGAACUGUCUGUGAUGAUUCGUGGGACGUGGACGAUGCCAGCGUGGUCUGCAGAAUGUUGGGUUUUCCUGGAGCUUCUGGAGCCCCUGGCUCUGCCCUAUUUGGAGCGGGUUCUGGUCGUAUCUGGCUCGAUGAUGUGCUGUGCUCAGGGGACGAAGAAAACCUGGCGGACUGUCAUCACCCGGAAUUUGGAGACAACAACUGUGCUCAUUACGAAGAUGCCGGAGUCAUUUGUCUUACCCAAGAACAAUUAGUGCGUUUGGUAGGUGGAGGCAGCGAUUUGGAGGGAAGGGUAGAGAUUGAACUCGAUGGCGAGUGGGGAACCAUCUGCGAUGACUCAUGGGAUUUGGACGAUGCCACUGUAGUUUGCAGAAUGCUUGGAUUCGAUGGGGCGUCUGACGCUCCUGGCUUCGCCCAAUUUGGAGAAGGUUCGGGUCCUAUUCUUCUGGAUGAUGUCAUGUGCACAGGGGAAGAAGCCACUCUGACUGAUUGUUCACACCCACCUUUUAGACAACACAACUGUGGCCACACUGAAGAUGCAGGAGUCAUAUGUUAUACCAUAGAAACGGCGAUGCCCUCCGUUCGAUUGGUUGGUGGAAGUUCUAUCAACGAGGGGAGAGUUGAAGUCCUGUACAAUGAACAAUGGGGAACUGUCUGUGACGACUACUGGGGUCCAGAGGAUGCCGGCGUUGCCUGCAGGAUGAUGGGGUAUGAUGGGGCAUCCGAGGCACCAGGCUCAGCUCGGUUCGGCCAAGGUUCGGGUCCUAUCUGGCUUGAUGAUGUGAUGUGCUCGGGAAUAGAGACCGACUUAGCUGACUGUCCGCAUCGGCCGUUUGGAACUAACAACUGUGCUCAUUCUGAAGAUGCAGGGGCCGUCUGCUCUUUUUCAGGAACGUCGGCGCCCACUGUUCGUUUGGUUGAUGGCAGCUCUGACAACGAAGGACGAGUUGAAAUUCUGUACGGUGGACAAUGGGGAACUGUUUGUGAUGACUAUUGGGGUCUGGAUGAUGCCGGCGUUGUCUGCAGAAUGCUGGGCUUUGGUGGGGCGUCCGAUGCACCAGGCUCAGCUCGGUUCGGGCAAGGUUCGGGUAGUAUCUGGCUUGAUGAUGUGAUGUGCUCAGGAGAAGAGACCGACUUAGCUGACUGUCCACAUCCGGCGUUUGGAACUCACAACUGUGUCCAUCAUGAAGAUGCAGGAGCCGUCUGCUCUUUAACAGAAACACCGACUCCUGUUCGAUUGGUUGGUGGCAGUUCUAUCAACGAGGGGAGAGUCGAACUCCUGCACGGUGGACGAUGGGGAACUGUCUGUGACGACUAUUGGGGUCUGGAGGAUGCCGGCGUUGUCUGCAGAAUGCUGGGCUACGAUGGGGCAUCCGAGGCACCAGGCUCGGCUCGGUUCGGCCAAGGUUCGGGCAGUAUCUGGCUUGAUGAUGUGAGGUGCUCAGGAGAAGAGACCGACUUAGCUGACUGUCCACAUCUGGCGUUUGGAACUAACAACUGUGGUCAUUCUGAAGAUGCUGGGGCUGUUUGCCUUUUGGCAACUCCUUGGUAACUACUACAAUCCAUCAAGUCUCUGCUUCUUAUCGCUAUGUCUUGUUCUCUGACGAAAAAAAACCUUCUUACUAAGCAUUAAACAAAAUAUUAAUCUUAAUAUAACCAGGCAAAAUCUACCUAUUCCCUUCCCUUUACUUGUAACACUAUUUUCUUCGUUGCCAUACGUUGAAAUUACAGUAUUUUAACGAAAUAUGCCUUGAAUUAAAAUCAACGGUGACACCUGAUACUCCCUUCUUAAACGGAAUUCGUCUGUCAGGUGUAAACACAACAUAUUUGGAUCCUUUACGAAAGCCAAUAUUGCGCCUUUUGGGGGAACAUAACACCAAUUAUGUUAUUGGUAUACACUUCUUCCCUUUUAUGUACAUCAAGUAUUAUUUUAUCCAAAACCCACUGAAAAUUUUACUAGAUACAUGUUCACAAAAGCUAUGUAAUCAGUAUUCAUUCAGGCACGUUUGAUACAUUCUAUUGAACACAGGUGUAGGUAAUCCUUAGAAGAGGGUAAACAAAGAAUCACCUUCAUGACUUUAGCUGGAUUAUUCCAAACGGCACAAAGUGGGAUUUACCUAAGUGUAAAAGAUCUGGGGAUUUUGGGGUUUUCUGAACCAUGUGCUAACUAUGAACUGGUCUAUUCUUAUUGUAUUAGUUAAGUGUUUUUUUGAGCGUAUUUGUACUAAGGUUGUAGAGUAAUCAUGUACUUUUAAGAAUGCUAUCAGUUGCCAGAUGGUCGAUUGUAAGGCACGAAACUUGGAGUACCAUCCAUGUUCCAAUAGUCUGUCUUAUUCAAUAUAUAUUUUACUCUGCCUAGGAAUUCAGCACUGUACGAAAGGAAAGAGCAAACCUAAGUAUAUCUCUUUAUUAUGUAUAUAUUUACGUACUGAUUUUUUUUAAAUCUGUAGUUAUAUAAUUGCAAGGUAGCAUUACCAGUUUAAAAACUGCUUUCACAUUGAACCUAUUGGCCUAGACAACAAUAUGAUUACAUAUUUCAAUUUGGUGUAUGUGUACAUAUACCCAAUAAUGAUUUAAGGUAAACUAAGUAUAAUCCUUCAGCAUUAAUUUCUUCCCCUGGUAAGGAUUUAACGGGCUUGUAUUUUCUUCUCAGUCGUUUUCUAAUUCAUUUAUUAUUCUUGCAUUAACAGUUUUAUGAUUGUAUGUGCUGGUAGAACUCUGUGUAUCAAUUCUAUAAUAUAUAAAGUCAUUGUUAACAAAAAUUGAGCUUAUUAAACUAUCAUUGUAUCGGGACUGAUUUUAUAGCAGGUUUUAUUAUGUAUUA